UGCUGCUGGGGAUCAAUGAAGCUGAGUGAAUGGGGGCGCACUGCGCGAGCGCAUAGCUGGAGCGGGCGCCAGAUGGUAGAGAGCUACUCUUAUUGAUGAAACUCUUGACUUCUUCUUGAAUUGCCAGUUUUCAGCCUCCUCAUGCCUCCAUCUCCUUUAGACGACAGGGUAGUAGUGGCACUGUCUAGGCCUGUCCGACCUCAGGAUCUCAACCUUUGUUUAGACUCUAGCUACCUUGGUGCUGCCAGCCCAGGUAGUGGUAGCCACGCUCCUGUCCUUGCCACCGCCGUUGUGACCCUCAAGGCUGCGAAUCUGACGUAUAUGCCCUCAUCCAGCGGCUCUGCCCGCUCCCUGAAUUGCGGAUGCAGCAGCACUAGCUGCUGCACUGUGGCAACCUACGACAAGGAUCAUCAGGCCCAGACUCAAGCCAUUGCUGCAGGCACUGCCACUACCGCCAUAGGAACCUCGACCACCUGCCCUGCUAACCAGAUGGUCAACAACAAUGAAAACACAGGCUCUGUGUUAAGUCCAUCGGGUGGGGUGGGCAGCCCCGUGUCAGGGACUCCCAAGCAGCUAGCCAGCAUCAAGAUCAUCUACCCCAAUGACCUGGCGAAGAAGAUGACCAAAUGCAGCAAGAGUCACCUACCCAGCCAGGGCCCUGUCAUCAUCGACUGCAGGCCUUUCAUGGAGUACAACAAGAGCCACAUCCAAGGAGCCGUCCACAUUAACUGUGCCGAUAAGAUCAGCCGGCGAAGGCUGCAGCAGGGCAAGAUCACUGUCUUAGACUUGAUUUCCUGUAGGGAAGGCAAAGACUCUUUCAAGAGGAUCUUUUCCAAAGAAAUUAUAGUUUAUGAUGAGAAUACCAAUGAGCCGAGCCGUGUGACACCGUCCCAGCCACUUCACAUAGUCCUCGAGUCCCUGAAGAGAGAAGGCAAAGAACCCCUGGUAUUGAAAGGGGGACUCAGUAGUUUUAAACAGAACCAUGGAAACCUCUGUGACAACUCCCUCCAGCUCCAAGAGUGCCGGGAGGUGGGGGGUGGUGCAUCUGCGGCCUCGAGCAUGCUACCUCAGUCUGUCCCCACCACCCCUGACAUCGAGAACGCAGAGCUGACGCCCAUCCUGCCCUUCCUGUUCCUCGGCAAUGAGCAGGAUGCUCAGGACCUAGACACCAUGCAGAGGCUCAACAUCGGCUACGUCAUCAAUGUCACCACACACCUUCCUCUGUACCACUAUGAGAAAGGCCUCUUCAACUACAAGAGGCUGCCAGCCACAGACAGCAACAAACAGAACCUGCGGCAGUACUUUGAAGAGGCCUUCGAAUUCAUUGAGGAAGCUCACCAGUGUGGGAAGGGACUUCUCAUCCACUGCCAGGCCGGCGUUUCCCGAUCCGCCACCAUCGUUAUUGCCUACUUGAUGAAGCACACACGGAUGACCAUGACUGACGCUUACAAAUUCGUCAAAGGCAAACGACCAAUUAUUUCCCCGAACCUCAACUUCAUGGGGCAGUUGCUGGAAUUUGAGGAAGACCUAAACAAUGGCGUGACACCAAGAAUCCUUACACCAAAGCUGAUGGGCAUGGAGACGGUCGUGUGACCAUGGGCAGGCCGGAAAGGGCUGUGCUCUCUCAGGAGACGAACAGGAGGGAAGGUGGAUUCUAGCUUGUCUUUCUCUUCUUCUCUUCUCUUCUCUUCUCUUCUCUUCUCUUC